UGGCCCAUCUCAGCACUAACGGGAGAUUCCCUAGCGCAUCCUAGCCACACAAGCUCCUUCCUGCUCAUCCUCCCUGGGGCGAGGACAAGAAAUCGCGGGGCAGGAUGGCCAAAACGGCGGAUUCCUCUUCGCUGGAGGACUUGGACCUGAGCAGAGAGGAGGUCCAGCGGCUCACCUCUGCUUUCCAAGACCCGGAGUUUCGGCGUAUGUUCUCCGAGUACGCGCAGGAAAUCACGGACCCGGAGAACCGGAGGCGCUACGAGGCGGAGAUCACCGCCCUGGAGCGGGAGCGCGGAGUGGAGGUCCGGUUCGUGCACCCGGAGCCCGGCUACGUGCUGCGCACCAGCCUGGACGGGGCUAGGCGCUGCUACGUGAACGUGUGCAGCAACGCGCUGGUGGGCGCGCCCAGCAGCCGGCCCGGCCCGACGUCCGGCAGCCACUGGUCCCUACCCUACAGCCUGGCGCCGGGCCGCCAGUACGCGGGACGCGGCGGCUCCCGCUACACGGUCUAUGACGUGGUCUUCCACCCCGAUGCGCUCGUGCUGGCCGGGCGCCGCGCUCGCUUCCGUCAGAUGCUGGACGCCACGGCCCUGGAGGCGGUGGAGCAGCAGUUCCGCGUCCAGCUGGACCGCAGGAACGCCAAGACUCUGAAGAUCAAGUACAAAGGAACCCCGGAGGCCGCCGUGCUGCGCACACCCCUGCCGGGGGGCGGCGCGGACCGGCCGGAGGGGGCGCCGAAAGGCCCUCUCCCCGACUUCCCCUAUCCCUACCCGCGCCCCGCGGCCGCAGGAAGCUCAGCUGGCCGGCAGCCCCCGGCGCCUUCCCCUCCCGAGGCGUCGCCGCAGCCUGUGCCCACCGAGCCUCGCUGCAGCGUGGUGCAGCGCCACCACGUGGACCUCCAGGAUUACCGCUGCUCGCGGGACUCGGCGCCCAGCCCCGUACCGCACGAGCUGGUGGUCACCAUCGAGCUGCCGCUGCUGCGCUCGGCGGAGCAGGCGGCGCUCGAGGUCUCGGGAAAGCUGCUGUGCCUCGACUCGAGGAAGCCCGACUACCGGCUGCGGCUCUCACUCCCAUACCCGGUGGACGACAGUCGUGGCAAGGCGCAGUUCAACAAGGCGCGGCGGCAGCUGGUGGUCACACUGCCGGUGGCACAGUCUGCAGCACGCCGGGAGGCCAGUUUGGAGCCGGAAGAGCCCUCCGAGGCACCGGAAGAGGUCGCGGACACGUCCGGAAGUGACGAGGGGAGCGCCGCUGUUAGCUCCGCUGUUAGCUCCGCUGGUGGCGCCCUGGAAGAGCCGGUCCUAGAUUCUGGGGAGCAGGGCUCGCCGUGGGGCCAGCAGAAAGAGGCGCCUCCUGCGGCGGGGACCUCCGCUGAGGACGCAGGUGCAGGCAUCCACAGUGCUUCGUCCCAGGGCGUCGGCGUGGAGCCUCCGGCCGGAAGCGGGAACGCGUGCGAGGAGCCUAGUGCAGCCGCGGAGGGCGCGGGCGGCGAGCGCUCGGACCGAGCCAUGGGAGGCCCCGCGGUCCAGAGCCGGGAACCUGUGUGUCCUCCGGUGCAGUGCCAUCAGGACGAAGACUCCCUGAUCCUGAUAGUCCGAGUGCCUGGGGUUCAGCCACAGAGCCUUCAAGGAGAUCUGAACCCCCUCCGGUACAAAUUGAGCUUCUCCACACAAGACUUAGCUUAUUCCUUGCUGUUGCAGUUUGCUCCAGAGAAUAAAUUGAGUACCAAAGAACCCGAGAUUAGCGUUUCUGCAGACAAUGCAGUGGUAGUGCUGGCCAAAUCUCCAAGCAGCUGUGGACAUUGGCGAGAGUGGUACUGUGGUUUAAACAGCGUUUCUUUGGAGGAAAGGUUAUUUCUCAGUGAGGAUACUGUUAAUGAACUUCUUGAAGAGGUCCUGAGCCCUCCAUUCCAACAGACAGGGCCUCCAACCCCACCAUUAGUUGAAGUCCUUCAGGUUACUGAUGAGAAGAUUCAAAUUCAUGCAAAGUUACAAGAAUGCAGUAAUCCUGAUCAGCUUCAAGGAAAGGAAGAAACAGUCAAUGAAGGAUGUCCUGUAGCUGAAAAUGAAAUUACAGAACAUCUCACAACUUCUACAGUUGAUUCUGAUUCAUCUAUAGCAGUUACGGCACCAGAUGCAGAUACUUGUGGUUCAGCUGCAGGCUUUCAGCAAGAGCCUCUUGAUGUUUCUCAUAUGAUAUUAGGAAACUCUCGGCCACCUGAGGCAAAAAUAGAACCCGAAUUUGUAAAAGAAAAAAGUGCCACUUAUUCAAAUAAGGAAGAUAAUUUAAAGGAACCUGUCAUAACUGCAGAAAAAAAAUUAGAUGGAGGUCACCAGUCUUCAUCACUGAACAAAACUGUAAUUCACAAUACACCUGAUCUUGGCAUCAUAAGAGAAACCAACAUGCAAGAUGGUAGUGUGCAGAUUAUUAAAGAUCAUGUGACUCAUUGUGCAUUCAGUUUUCAGAAUUCUUUGCUGUAUGAUUUGGAUUAAUUGAAUGUAGUUUUCCGUUUGAAUCUGUAAAGUACGAACUUGUGGGACCUCAGAUUGUUUAAUUAUUAGAACUAAAAGCAUUCCAAAAAAUAUAAAUUAAAAUUUUCAAUUUUAAUUCCAGCAGGGAACCUGGAAAUACUUUUCUUUGAACAGUUUCCUUAAUUAUAGAAAUACUAGUUUUGUGAUGAGAUUACUCUGAUACUUUUUUCUAAUGGAGAGUAAAACAUUUAGUUUUAAUACAACCUAUAUUUAUUGACCUCUGAUGUUGAUUUUUGCUUUUAUCAUUUUAAUAAAAUUUCAAAAUAUUCACUGA